UUUUUUUUUGGGCUGAAUUCUUCUUCUUUAUUGAAUACAUAACAUAUCUAUUUAUAUUGUUUGUUAAUAGUAAUAGUUGUUGUACAGGUUACUUUAUCUAUUGUAAUGACACAUGACACAUACACACACAACAAUAUGAAAUACAUGCUAUUACCAAAAUAUGGAUCGGCAUUUCUAUAUCGAGAAAACGAAUGCUAUAAACUGGCGUCACUUGCAUUUACAUUAUCUUCUCUUUUUUUUGUUUUAUACAAAAUAUAUAAAAAUCAUUCACUUUCAUGAUAAUGCAUUGCAUCUCAUGUGACUGUUUAAAUGGAUAUGGUAACCAAUUAAAGAUAUUAAACUUUUUUUUUCCAUGUCUGUUUUUUUUUUCAUUUUAAUUCAUCUCAAUUAAAGAUGGACAAAAAAGAUCUGUUACGAGAUCGUUAUUUACAGCUUUGGCUAAAUGUGACUGACACAAAACCUCAAUGUAAAUUUCAUUUAUAUGGGGGAACAGUUGUUCAAGGUGAAUUGAUUGCAACAGAUAGUGAAAAUAAUCGGUUUAGAGUUAAUCAAUUAGAAUCACCACUUGGAAUUUACAAUAAAGUUAUUGUUCGUGGAACUGAUGUCGAUUGGAUUGAAUGGAAGAUUUAAUUAUACAGAAAUAUUCUUAACUCUAGUUUGAUGUAAAAUACUAUAUUCUUCUUCCCUAUCCAUGUUUAUAUUAUGCAUCUAUCAAUCUCUCCUCCUGUGCCCUGGAUACAAAGAGCUUUCAUUGGUAAAGAUAAUCAAUUGAAACUCCUAGUGAUUUUCAUUAAUAAUAAAAACUAUUUUUUUUUUUUUUGUUUGUUGUUUCACAAUACCCUUUAUUAUUUGGAUCUCAAA